GGCACGGUGGGAUCGAAGUCUAGAGUAGGGGUAGGCGGUAUGGUUCUGGGGGUUGGAAGCAGCUGAGAGCAGUGCGAGUAGGUCACACCGUCGACCACAGUGGCAGUCUGCGUUUGGCAAACGGCUCGACUGCCCAUCGAUAACAUGAGCUCUUCGGGAACGGCCGGUCGAUCGACGAAUUCCCGCGCAGGGAUGGCAAGGAGCAAAAGGAUCGAGUUUUUCGCGGGUAGACUCGUUUGAAAAAAAAAGAGAUAGGAAGGAGAUAGGACACCGCGUGGUCUCUUUUAAUUGCUUUACGAGUCGUCGUCGCGUUAUCAUACAACUUAUUUAUUCUUUAUCUCUUCUCUCUUCGGGGACAUUGAGAGAGAUAGAGAAAGAGAAGAACGCGCCACAUACAAUUAGUUUUCUUCUUCUUCGACUUCUUCUUCUUCUACUACUAUUUCUUCUACUGCUUCCUCCUCUUCUUCUUCUUCUUCUUCUGUUUCUUCUUCUUCUUCUUCUUCUUCUUCUUCUUCUUCUUCUUCUUCUUCGACUGUGGGACACUUGUACCGAAGGGGAAAAGAGACAACGAGCGAGCGAGAGAGAGAGAGAGAGAGAGAGAAACAGAAAGAAUAAGAAAAAAAUAGUGAAAGUGAUCAUCCCUUGCGAGCAUCCCUCUCUCUCCUCGCACGUUUCGAGAACUCAUGCUACUUGGAGCUGCUGCAGAGACACGUGUGUAUCUUCGUUACUUCCUCUUCUACCUAUUUUACUUCUACCUCUUCUUAAUCAACGUACAUUGAAGAAGAAACCACCUUCUACUUAAUAUCGACAGAACGCAGAAUGAUACAACGUUCUUGUUAUUAUUGUUAUUGUUGAUUCUUAUUGAUAAGAACGCAAAUAUAUCCAUUAACGUGUAUUUGCAUAUUGGCCAUCGUUCAUACUUAAAGAGAGAGGCAUAUCUUUAUUUAUGUAAGAUCUACGAAAAAUAUAUAGAAAGAGAAGAUCGUUCGUGAAUCGUACGAUAAUAAUACAAAAGCAUAAGUAUACUUUCGUUACCUUAAUCGAAUAAAUCGUUGAUCAAACGAGAAAAGAAAGAGAAAUAAAUACGACGGAAGGUCAAUCGACGAUCGAAGAAAAAAAUCUCAAGAAGCUGAUAUCACGAGUUUGAUAUAUUGCUCUUUCUUUUUCUUUCUUCUUCUUUCUUUUUUUUUUCUUUUUUUUUCUUUUUUUUUUUUUACAAACGGACACACACCUUUUUUCUAUUUCUCUCUCUCUCACUCUCUCUCUCUCUCUCUUUUUCUCUCAUCAAGCCUCUUUGGCCGUUCCUUUUACCGUUUCUUUAGCUCACUCGAAUGGAUAUCGAAUGAUAAGAUCAUCGACUACUGGCGUCGAUACGCUAGGAAGAUCCUUUCGGCUGGAAUAAACAUUUUCGAGCAAAGGAAGUCAUAAAAAUAAAGAAAGAGAGAUAUAUGUAUGUAUAUGCACAAGCACAUACUACUCAUCUAUAAAGAGAGGAAGGAGUAUCAAAGUGAAAAAAGUUAUAGUCAUCUUUUGGACAUGAAAUAAAAAGAAAGGUACAAAACUUUAACAUCGAUCUUACUCUUUCUCCUUGUCGACAAUUUUUUCAAAAAUCCUCCAUAUUUUUCUUCUCUACGUGAUAUCAGGGAUAAUUCCUGUUAUAAGGAAGAGUUAUGCGAGGAAAAAGGAAAGAAGACGUAUACUAUCGCUUUGACAUUAUUAUAGAGAAGAUAAACGAAUCAUGAGAGGUGAAACGUAUAUAUCGAAGACAUCGAAGAAACGAGCUCGCGCGAAGGAGGAAGAGCCAAGUGUCGUAAAAUAUACGGGAGUCGAAAGAUAAAAGUCAUCGAAGAUUACGUUGUGGAGGGUAGCGCUAGAGUGCUAUGCUAUAGUUGCUCUUACGUGUCCGUAAGGAAGUCUCUUGAACAACAGAAACUUUUUAUCGGACACUUUGUCACUCUCUUCUCUCAUCCACCGUUGCGCUAUUAUCGAAUCAGUACCAGCAGCAGCAGCAGCAGCAGCAGCAGCAGCAGCAGCAGCAGCAGCAACAACAGCAGGACGAAGAUGGAGAUCGCUGCGUCCGCUAUGUUGGAUGGUUUGAAGAACAAUCGGAUCAGCAAGUUGGCCCUGUCUCGAUUCUUGUCGCAGAGUCUAACAACCGGUAGUCCGGCGAGCAAAUCGCCGGCUGGCAGCAGUGCCGGUCCAGCUAGUAGUGCAGGUGCAAGUGCUGCCGUAAUUGCUCCAGGUAGUGCAAGCAAUGUCGGUGCAAGUGCCGAACCACGCACUCCAACGGCUGGACCGCAAAACAAGCAGCUCCAAAAUGUUAAAGGAGAUCACCCCUCGAAAGCCUUUCUGCAAAGCAGAUCCAUCUCCUUGGUCGAUAUGUACAUUGAUAAUUCGGAACCCAGCGAAAGCGUCGGCCAAAUUCAUUUUAGCCUCGAAUACAACUUCCAGAAGACCACGCUCAUUCUAAACAUCAUACAGGGUAAGGAUCUACCCGCAAAGGAUUUGUCUGGAACGUCUGAUCCGUAUGUACGCGUGACACUACUUCCUGACAAAAAGCAUCGUCUCCAGACAAACAUCAAAAGACGCACACUGAAUCCAAAAUGGAAUGAGACGCUUUAUUUCGAAGGUUUUCCUAUUCAGAAGUUGCAAAGCAGAGUGCUACAUCUUCACGUCUUCGAUUACGAUCGAUUCUCAAGGGACGACUCCAUAGGAGAAAUUUUUCUACCACUUUGUCAGGUCGAUCUAUCGGAGAAGCCAUCAUUUUGGAAGGCUCUUAAACCACCGGCUAAGGACAAAUGCGGAGAACUUUUGUGUUCGUUGUGCUAUCAUCCAAGUAAUUCGGUGCUUACGUUGUCGCUCUUAAAAGCGAGAAAUCUCAAGGCCAAAGACAUUAACGGGAAAUCAGAUCCUUAUGUAAAAGUUUGGCUACAAUUCGGCGACAAGAGGAUCGAAAAACGUAAGACACCAAUAUUCAAGUGCACUCUCAAUCCUGUAUUCAAUGAAACGUUCGCGUUCAACGUACCGUGGGAAAAGAUCAGAGAGUGUUCGCUUGACGUUAUGGUCAUGGACUUUGAUAAUAUAGGACGUAAUGAGCUUAUUGGCCGUAUACAGCUCGCAGGUAAGAACGGAAGCGGAGCGAGCGAGACGAAACACUGGCAGGACAUGAUAACCAAACCGAAACAAACAGUAAUACAGUGGCAUCGUUUGAAGCCCGAAUAAAAAAUCAGCAAGGAGAAUGAUCUUUGCAGAUCGUACGUACGAACGAAUUCGGCCUCCGAGGAGAAGCGAUUCGUUCGAAGGGAGAUCGUUUGGGGAUGACGACGAUGACGACGACGACGACGACGACGACAACGACAACGACGACGACGACUACGACGACGAUGAUGAUGAUGAACGCGCUUCGAUCGAUCGUUCCGUAUAGAAAAGUUCAAUUAAAAGAAAAAAAAAAAAGAAAAAAAAGAAAAAAGCGAAGAACAACGUCAGGGAAAAAAACGACGUAUCCUCGUCGAUAUAUCCAUUUGUCGCGGAUAUACACACUGAUAUACAUACGUAUACGUACACACUUAAAGAUAUGUAUAUCCAUAUAGAAAAACUUCAUGCAAACAUUAAUCUAAAGACAGACGUACAUACAUUAUUGUACACGUUCACACCUAUAUCAUAUGUAUACUACGAAUGGCACGAAGAAGGGACGAGCGAUAUAAAGAAAAUUUCCCGAUUGGAAAUGAAGAGUUCGAAACGAAAAGAUCGCAUGAAAGGUAUAUAUAUAUAUAUAUAUAUAUAUAUAUAUAUAUAUAUGUCUUGUAAGAAGUGGGUGAAUGUGUGCGUGCGUGUGUGCGUGUGUCAGUAUGUAUGUGACAGGGAGAAAGAGAGAGAGAGAAUGAACGAUCCUUAAUCGUGACGUUAAUUGACAUCGGCCAUGGGUUGUGAAAUAACUUUCUUCGAUUGACUGUUCCCGAGAGAGCAGGAGAGAGAGAGAGAGAGAGAGGUGAGAGAAAGAGAGAGAGAGAGUGUGUGUGUGUGUGUGUGUGUGUGUGUGUGUGUGUGUGUGUAAGAAAAAGAGAGAAAGAAGAAUGAAAAGGAAAAUCGCAUUUCCUUGCCGAAUAAAGUAACGAAGAAAAGAAAAAAAAUGAAGGUAGAAAAAGAAGAAAAAAAUCCAAGAAGAAGAAGAAGAAGAAAGGAAUAAGAAGGAGAUAAAGAGAUAUAGUAAGCUGUUAUCUUUCUCAGAAACGUUGUUGACCGUUUUGUAUUUUCGAAAGUACCGCCGGUAAUUUUUAAAACGAAUAUUCGCGCGCGCACCCCUCCUCCUCCCCCACCCUCGCCCCUGCCCCCGCCCAAGUUCAUUAUAGUGAGAGAUAGUUUUUAACGCUAAGGUAAUUUUUAUAUAUGAAUACAUUUUUGCUGCCGAGCGAGUAAUUUUCUAAUCGCGCAUUGACGCUAAUUAUAUAUGAUUUAUUCAUUUUUCUUAUCAUUUUCAGCUGCACAUUAACAUUAAUGAAAAUAGAAGAGUAACUGAAAAAGAUGAACAGAUUUUUUCAAAAAAAAAAAAAAAAAAAACAAAAAGAAAAAAACGAAAAAAAAAAGGACAAAAAACGCGUGAAAUAUUACGAGCGAAAUUUACGGAAAGUAAAUUAAAAAAUAAGAGAAAAAAAAAAAUAAAUAAAAAAUAAAAAAAAAAUAAAAAAGAAAUUAUAUUUAUUUCGCUAUUAAAAUUAUAAAAGAUAAUGUUUCAUUUUAUUUCUUUCUGUUCACGAUUCGAUUAAGAAAAGUAAUUUCGUUCGAAAAGCGAAACGAUUAAUUAGUACGAAAGGUGAACACGUGCAAGCUGUCUCGGUUGUUUGAUUCGCUCGAACAAAAUGAUCAUAAUUUUCGACUAAUAGCUAUUAUAGUAGUACCAAUCAAUACGAAAGGGAUGAAAGAUAUAUAAAGAAAGAGAGAAAGAUAUUUUUAACGAGAAACUUUUGUAUCGAAGCCGGACGUGAUUUCUCGGGAGGGGUAGGGGGACAUUUUUCGAGCGGUAAAUUGUGAUCGGUGUACCUUAUACACUUAUUAACAAAAAUACAGGAAAAAAAAAAAAAAUUGGAGAAGAGAGUUGAUAAAGGAAAAGAGAAAAAAAAAAAAGAAAAAAAUCUAUUGUUACAUUAUACCUGAUAUUCUGCUGUUAAUAACAAUAAUGUAGAUAAUCCCCGUCGAAUAAAAUUCGAUCGUGAAUUUUGCUUGAUACACGCUCGCUUCGAGCGUUUCUCUCUUAACGGAACGUACGGGAUAAGAGAAGAGGAAACGAAAAACUGAGAAAGGCAAAAGCUAUACUCGCUAUAUAAAAUAUAAUACAGGAUGUAAAUCAAUUAUAGAUACGAAAAAUCCAACUUGUAACUUAUUAUUACAAAGUAUUAUAAUAUUAUUAUCAAUAUCCGUUAAAAUAUUCGUAUCCAUAAUUAAUAUACAAUUCCGUAUUUAGAGCGAAUAUUAUUCGUGGAUCUGAUGCGUUUCCUCAUUUCGAUCGAUCGUACGACCGUCGUCGCUUAGGGCUCGAAGAUAUCAAAAUAUUACGGGAUAUACCUGUAUGUAUAUGUAUGUAUAUCGCGGUUACGGUAAAAUAUACUGACACGUUUUUUUUCCUUUUUUUUUUUUCUUUUCUUUUUUUUUUUUUUUUCUUUUUUUUUUUAUCUCUUUUGCCGCAACUUAUUCAUUUUGCGUGUUGCGAAAGUGCAUGUAAGUAAGGGAUAAGAAAAAACUAACUGAUACGUUCCGAUGAGAAAAAAAGUCCGAUUAAAAAAAGACAGGAUAUAUGGUCGUUUUCUUUCGAAAGCCUCUCAAAAACUAUUGUGAAAGAAAAAUUCUCUAAUACACGCGCAUAUUUUUACAAAUACCUAUUGAGUUAGCUUAACGAAAUAGAGCUACGUAAACGAAGAAGCGACGUUGUACGUUUUCAUAAUCGAAGAUCGAUCUCUCCUGUCGCGUCUAAAAUGAGGCUUAUUGUGUGCACAAAGAGAGAGAGAGAGAGAGAGAGAGAGAGAGAGAGGGGCGGAUUGUAUACCGUAAGGGGUUAGUACGUAAAGAAAAAAACUAAAUAAAAAAUAAAAGCGAAUAAAUUAGUCUAUAAUAUAAAUAUAUAUAAUAUAUAUAUUUAUGUAUUAUAUAUAUAUUAUAUAUAGAUUAUAUAUACAUAUAUAUAUAUAUAAUGUGAGUAAAUGGUUAUAUAAUGAAUAUAUUAUAUAAAACCAAUAUUUCUGUGUUGCCAGGGAGUUCUGCCCCCUGGAUCCCCGGCGAAAAAGCUUUGCCUUUUUCGCAAUAGGUAUGAUCGAUGUAGUUCUGUCAUCGUGAUGAUUUUCUUUCUGCAUAAUAGUACACUCGUUUCAAUCGUUCAGCUUUUAUCCGUUAGGCACGACCGUCACUACAUAUGUAAUAUUUUAAUAUUAAUAAUUAUUCGUAUUGAAUAAAACAGCGAGUCACGCGAUCAUAAUAAUAAUAAUUGAUCAAGUUGUUUGAAAUUUGAUGCAAUCAAUAGUAGUCUCUUCAUGUGACACAAAAGUUGUUUAUAAAAUUUAAUCAUAUCCUCUGGGUGUCGAUCAAUUUUUCUUGCUACGAGUCUUAAAAAAAAAAAAAAAAAAGAAAAAAAAGAGAAAACAAAAGAAAAAGAAGAAGAAGAAAAAGAAAGAAAAGAUUUAGAGAAACGUUACACCUACCAUUAGACAUUUAGGAAACAUUCAUAAUUCGUGCAGAACUUGAAACAUAAUUGAAAAAUUGUAUUUUUAUCGAAUGUUACAGCGUGGCAACGCUUUUCGCAAUGGCGAUUACAUAAAGAAACUCCAUGCGGUCGUGCCUAAAAAGUAUUGGAGUAGCACAAAAGAUUAGGUAAUAUUUGUAUGUCGUAGCCUGUAUACAUUGUAUAUACGUAUAAGAUGAAAGAAGAAAAUUAAAAAAAUGUUUCCCGGUUUAUCGAUCAUGUACGUUAAAAUGAUGGUAUUACGUGGUGUUGUUUAUUAGAAAUCUCAAAUUUAAGAAGUUUCAGAGCCCGGUCGUUUAGUUGAAAGUUUUAUGAAAAAUUGUUGCUGUUAACUAACAGAAAAAGAAAAAAAAAAAUUAUCUAGUACUACUAUGUGAUUAAUUAGUAUUCCGUAUAUACAGGGUGACACGAAGGAAACGCAGUAAUAUUGAAUAUUCGUCGUAAUAGAAUCGAUUGUAAUCGCAUUGUGUGUGUAUAUAUUUAAGAAAGCUUCGAUCGAAGUCAUCGAUAUCGAUUAUUCAUCUAUUUUCAUUAUUUUAUGAUCGGCGCAUGAAAUUAAUCCGUACUGAUUAAUUAAAUUAAAGAAAAUAAAGAGAAAAAGAGAGAGACGUACACGUUGCAUACUUUAUAGAAAAUUAUUAUCAAAAUUAAAAGAUCGUGCCAAAAACAAAUUUUAAUUAAUGAAGUGCUUGAUAGACAAUAUAGUCUUUUUUCUUUUGUUUUUGUUUCUAUUUGCCAUUUUUCUUUUUUUUUUUUUUUUUUUUUUUUUUUUUUUUUUUAACGAAACUAUUACACGUUACUCGCGUACGAUUUUUUCAUUUGAAUUUAAAUCAAACAUUACUAAUUUCGACUUUUAAUUUAUUAAUUAUUCGAAAUUUCUCGUUAUAUCAAGGACAUUGAUGGUCCAUAUGUAAAUAUUUUUAAUUUUAUUUUAUUCAACGAUACAUUUAUUUAUUUUUGAUAUCAUAUUUGAUAUCAUUUAAAUAUGAUAAGUUAGUCUCUUACAUUUAAUAAUCAAUUUUAAUUAAUUUAAAUUUUGAUACCGCAAGACAACGAUUCGGUAGCUUCUUCGGAGUAGCCGAUAAAAUCUACGCGUACCACGAAGAGUAACACGUAUACUGUGGCUUCCUAGGUUCAAAUAUCCUAGGCUUCUUUUUUCGUCGUGUCAAAUCGUUGACCAUGAUUUUAACGUUCGUUACAGACUGGGUUUAACAUUUUAAUGCUUAAGUACCUAUCGUAAAUACGGAAGAAAAUAUCGUGUGUGUUAUAUAGGGAUGCUAAUUUAUAUCGUGAUACAUGUAUGUCAAAGCGUAGGUAUUAAAAACAAACUACAACAAUAUGAACACGAGAGUACAGUUAAAACAAAACAAAAAAAAAACACGAUUGAUCGUGCUUACGCGAUAAGUGAUAAAUGAGAGAGAGAGAGAGGGAGAGAGAAAGAGAGAAUAUUCAGUCGGCACAAAACAAAACGAUAAGAAAAUAAAUAAAUAGCCGAAAUAAGGUGGUCGGAAAUGUUCGAUGUUUAAAACUUUACAUUGCGCAGUUUGAAAAUACAUAUAUUAGUUCUAUAAGAGGUAUAUAGAAGAGAGAGAGAGAGAGAGAGAGAGAGAGAGAGCCGUCGAAGCAGCAGAAGAAAAAGAAAAAGAAAAAAAAAAGAAAAUAAGAUUUAGAAAAUAGUUUGCAAUAGUAAAAAAACGGAAAGUGAAGUGGGCCUUAUACUAUGGAUUACGUCAAUUGUAAGCAGCUUAAAAAACGAUCAAGUUUUAUCUCGAGCAUGAAAGAACGACAUUAACUAUUGAAAGCAUGAUUAUCAUUAUUGUUAUUAUUAUUAUUAUUAUUAUUAUUAUUAUUAUUAUUAUUAUUAUUAUUAUUAUUAUUAUUAAUCAUACUCGGUACUAAAGGAAAAAUGCUAUUUUGCGUAAUUCAAUCGUCGUUGCAAAUAUACACAUACAUACUUACCUAUCGUUUAUAGAUUUUAAGCUUCGGUAAUUAUCGAUUAUUCUCCUUGUCUUUCUUUCUUAGUUUCAUUUACAAUAGAUCGAUAUAGAGAGCCUAAAGGAUAUAAUUAUUCCUCUCUCGAUUUGUAUAUUUAAAAGCUACAUGCUCUGUAUAUAUAUAUAUGCUUAUAUAUAUAUAUAUGUUAUAUGUACAUAUGUAUAUAUAUAUAUAUAUAUAUAUAUAUAUUAUUCUUAACUGUAGACAAAUCAUACAAUUGUCGUUAAAUAUGUGGUAAUAUGAACGCACACGACGCUCACGCGUGCACGUAUUUACAUUGUAAGAUCUUUUGCAAUUAGCCUCACAUCAAAAUAAUAAGAAAAAUCUUAUGAAUGGAAUGGAGUAUAUAGGUUCGUAAAUUCAAUCGAUUAUACCAACUUGGUUAUUUUUUCUUUUUCUUCUUUUCUUUUUUUUUUUUUUCUUUCUGUUUUAUUCUCCUUUCGAAACAUUACUUUACGUGUGAAUGUAUAUAAAAUUAUAUGCUACAGUUUUUAUUUUUUCUAGUCGCAUUUUGCUCUUUGUGAUAAUACAAAAAUUCGAUUCAUCCGACUAAUCACCCGACGAAAAAUAAUAUAAAUAUAUAUAUAUAUAUAUAUAUAUAUAUAUAUAUAUAUAUAUAUAUAUGUCUAAAUAAAUAGUAUAUAUAUUUUUGCCUUUUUUUGGCUAUCUUUCGAGAAAUAGUCAAACGUCUUAUCUCAUGAAAGUCAUCGGGCCUGAAGAAUACUAAUAAGAUAUUGGGCUCGAAUCACAAACAUACCUGCAAAUAAUGUUGUUCCACAGAAUUACAAAUAUUUUUGCUGCGCAAUGGAUUAAGACGAUAAAACAGUGAAAAAGCGAUGAAAGACAGAGAGAAAGAAAGAAAGAGAGAAAAUAUAUAGGUAGAGAAAAAAAAAUAUAAAGAAAGAAAGAGUGAGAAAAAAGAAGAUAGAUCCUUAGAUUAAUAUUUAAAUGAGAUAUCUAUUUCCAAUACGCUACGUGUAAGGUAUGUCUUUCUGUAUGAUUAAAAGUAAGCUAAUUAAGUGAGUGCCGCGUAAGUUUCCUAGACGUAUCUUGUGUCCGCUAAUUGAUCCGAGAAAAAGAGUUAUAAGAUUUGAAGAAAAGGAAAAAAAAAAAAAAGAAAAAAGAAGAAAAAAAGAAAAAGAAAAACAGUUCACUAACGAAAUCUCGUUUAUUGGAGUAAAUCCUUUGGUGCUCUCAAAUUAUCCAUGCCUUUUUUUUCUUUUCUUUUCUUUUGUCAUCUUCUCUUUCCUUUCAAUAUUCUAAUUUUCAAUGACGACAAAAAUAUCAAUGAUUUAUAUUUUCAUAAAUGCUUCUACAUAAUAUUUCAUUUUUAUAUAUAUUGUAUACAUAUGUAAUAUUUUGUUUAUACAAGCAGACUUGACAGCUGUAUUCGCAGAGUCAAAAAUGAUUAGAAUUAAAUUAGGUGGUAGAUUAAUAAGAUGGAAAAAAAAAAAAAACAAAGAAAUAAGAGACGUUUAUGAACUUCCUCAAAUUAAAAGAUUUAUUUUCAUAUUUUUCAUUUAUCCUUUCGAUAUUCUUCUUUUUUUUUCUUUCCUUUUUUUCUUUUUCUUUUACACAAACAAAUUUUCAAUACAUUCAAUACAUUCAAUACAUUCAAUACAUUAAAUAUUAAUGAAAUCCAUCGAAUUCGAUAUUUUCCAAUUUAUUUCAUUGACACGUGAAAGAAUAGUUUUGUAUAAUUAUUGUAAGUUAUGCAAAGAGAGGGGGAAAAACGUAACUGAUUGUUAAUAUGUUAUACCACACGGGUAUAUAAAUUUACAAAUAAAUGCGGUAGUUUUUGUUAGAUAAAGCUGAUGGAUCAGCUGGCGAGUAUUAGUGUAAGUAAAGCGCUACUGCGCUUUCGCAGAUUAUUAACACUUACACGUAUACGAAAACAACGAUAUAUCAGCUGUUAUUACGUACGAGUACGUCCCUUGCAAAGAAAAUGCAUAUCCUCGUUGCUCGUUGAAACAACGAUUGUUUUUUUCUUUUUCGUAAAAGUGAUAAAAAGAAAAAAAAAAAAAAAAAAGAAAAAAAAAAGAAAAAGAAAAAAGAGAGAAAGAAGGAAGAAGAUUGAUAAAAAUUGUAAUUGUUUCAAGUAAAAAAAAUUAAAGCAAUCAUAACGUUUUCCUUAUCAACGAGACCGACGGGUUUUCGUUCACUUUGUUAAAAAUAUUUUCCAUUUAACGUCACACUCGCCGAAGGGAAGACGAUUCGACAAAUUGCAUGCAUACGGGAAAAAGAUCGACGGUUUAAUUUUGUCAGCUGAUUCAUGAUACGAUCACGCAAGUUUCUUUAUAACUACGAAAUCAAAUCUUUGGAAAACCAAAGAUUUCUUGACAUUCUUUUCCCCCUUUUUUUCCUUUAGUUUAUAUGCACACACGUAAUAUAUAAAAGAAUAGAGUAAGUUACAAAGAGUUGAAUGUAAUAAGAAAAACGAAGCGUGCGUAUGUGAGUGUGUGCGCUGUGUGCAUGUGUUUGUAUGUGUGUGUGUGUGUGUGUGUGCGGUUGUGUAAAGUCAAAGGAAGAAAAUGCAAUAAAAUAGGAAAGCACAAAAAUGUUAAAAAUAUGAAAGGAAGCCAUACGAAAUCUGAAGCUUUCAUUUUGUUUCUUUUUUUUUAUUUUUUGUAUUUUCUUUUUUCUUUCUUUGUUUUAUUUUCUUUUAUAUUAGUGCAUACAAUUCAUAACUCAUCGGAAAUCAAUAUAAUUUUACUUCGAAGAAAAAACAUUUUUUUCUAAUUGUCGAAAACAAAAGAGAGAGAGAGAGAGAGAGAGAGAGAGAGAGAGAGAGAGAGAGAGAGAGAGAGAGAACAAUUAUUGAUCACCGUUCGACACCCGUGAUAUGUAAAACAACUUGAAAGAUCGAAACAAUGUUAUGUAUUUAAAUAAAAGACCCUCUGUUUGAAGAAAAAAAAAGAAAAAAAAAAAAAAAAGAAAAGAAAGAAAAAGGAAAGAGAAAAGACACUACGUAAGAAAUAAAAAAGGAUUAUCUCUGUGCGCCCAUUUCAUUCCGCUAGCAUUUAAGAAAUGCAUGAAAAAAAUAAAAACUUCGAUUCCUUUCAUCUA